AUGAGUAUGGCUGACCACGGCUGCUCAACAGCCCCGUUCGUCGUCGACUUUGCGCCCCCAGCGAUUGUAGGACACGCGCAGAUCACAAUCGACCGCGCCAAGACGGCUUCUGUGCGAGUGUUUCUAAGCAUUCUCGGACGAAUAAUCAUCCACGGCUCAUCGCACUGCUCAAUUUUGAAAGCCUCCUCCAAAUCUACGCUCACGUGCUUUGAUCCGCCCUUCAUCGAGACUUUUUCGUCACAUCACGAUCCAACCAUGAGUGACAAGUCUCAGGUUUCGGCGGAGGCUGCAGGCGGAGAAGUCAAGCCUCUGGUGGGCUUCUUGGGCCCCCAGGCCUCGUACACGCACCAGGUAGACAUCUUCGAGGUCGUACAAGCCGGCGAAGUCGCUUUUGGCGUCGUUCCCGUCGAGAACUCAACCAAUGGGUCCGUCCUGUUCACGCUGGACAACUUUGCCGAUCGCAACGGCUUGUACCCAGACAUUUCGGUCUGCGGGGAGAUCUACCUCGACGUGCACCACUUUCUCGUCGGCCGCCGUCCGGACCCGGUUCACGACGCCGCCGCCGGCCCGGGACUACGGGGAGGAGACGAAGGCUCCGGCGCCUGCACGCCCACGGCAUCGGACCCGAACCCGCUGAAGCCGCGGACGAAGCCACUGUGCAGCCUCAAGCACGUCCGGCGCCUGUACUCGCACCCGCAGGCGUGGGGCCAGUGCGUCGCCUUCUUGCAGACGUACCUCAAGGGUAUCGAGGCCAUCGACGUCAGCUCGACGAGCCGCGCGGCGGAGCUGGUCAGCCUGGACGAGACGGGGACGAGCGCCGCCAUCUCGAGCGAGAUCGCGGCGGGUAUGCACGGCAUCGACGUGCUCGCGCGGACGAUUGAGGACCGCGAGGAUAACACAACGCGGUUCUUCAUCAUCCGAAAGGGGCUGGACGAGAAGCAAAAGAUGCCAGGCCACUGCGUGAAACCAAAGACGAAGACAAAGUCCAUGGUGUCGUUCACGGUCCCGCACGAGGCUCCCGGCGCGCUGGCGGACGUGUUGGAGUGUUUCCGGCGCUACGGGACGAAUCUUACGAGCAUCAACAGCCGGCCGAGCCUGACGGCGCCGUUCAACUAUGUCUUCUUCGUCGAGUUUGAGGGGCACCGGUUCCGGGAUCCGGAGGCGAGGGUCAAGGGGGCGCUGGACGGGGUGGCUCGGGUGGCGGAGAGAUGGCGGUGGCUUGGGAGCUGGGAGGACCAGCGGUCGUGA